UAUGUUGUAUUAAGGAAUGGUUAAAUAUUGACUGAAGGCUUUGGUUGUGUAUGUACAAAAUCCUACACUGUAUCGUGUGGUCCCUUGGAUAAAAAAAAACAAAGCUUAGACAAAAGGUAUUUAAAGACUGUGUCUCCUCUUCUGAGACAUCCUGGUAUAUCUGCUACUCUGUCCUCACACCACCACAUCAAGAUGGCUCCUGCUCUCCGUGUCUUUGUUCUCUGUUUGGCCAGCGGACUGAUGAUCUUAGCGAAUGGGAAACGUCAAGAUAAAGAAGGUGAUUGUGAUGGAUCCUGCCCAUCUGGUUGGACUAAAUUUGACACCCGCUGUUUCCUGUUCCAGCUCGAUGAAAAGGAGUGGUCAGAUGCAGAGCGUCACUGUACUCUCAUUGACGGAAACCUGGCUUCAGUCCAAACGUCAGGCGAGUACACCUUCCUCAGAGACCUGAUUCACAAAGCGACCCACACCCACAAAGAAGUCUGGCUUGGAGGCUAUGAUUCUCCAAAGAACAACGUGUGGCUGUGGAGUGAUGGUUCUCAGUUUGAGUUCAAUGGCUGGGGAAAGGGAGAGCCUAACAACUAUGGUGGAGGAGAAGGAUGUAUGGAGAUGAACUUGAGAGGACGCGAUUACGUCAACGAUUCAAAGUGUAACAAGAAGAAAUCUUUUCGUCACUGCACUCUUCUUGACGGAAACCUGGCUUCAAUCCAAACGUCAGGUGAGUACACCUUCCUCAGAGACCUGAUUCACAAAGCGACCCACACCCACAAAGAAGUCUGGGUCGGAGGCUAUGAUUCUCCAAAGAACAACGUGUGGCUGUGGAGUGAUGGUUCUCAGUUUGAGUUCAAUGGCUGGGGAAAAGGAGAGCCUAAUGACCACUGGGGGGAAGGAUGUAUGGAGAUGAACUUCAGAGGUGAAUCCUGCAGGACUUGCCCUCAGGGUUGGAUUUAUUUUGACAAAAGCUGCUACCUUUUCCAGUUCACUCCGAUGGAUUGGGCUGAUGCAGAGCGCCACUGCACCGCCAUUGGAGGAAAUCUGCCUUCUGUCCACGCCAGUGACCAGUACAGCUUCCUCAGAAAUACUAUUCAUCAGUUGACUGGGCAACAUAGGGGUGCUUGGCUUGGAGGAUAUGAUGCAGUGAAGGAGGGUGUGUGGCUGUGGAGUGAUGGUUCCCUUUUUGACUUCAAACACUGGGCCAAAGGGGAGCCAAAUGACAGGAGUGGAAAAACAAACUGCAUGGAGAUGAACUUCCGAGGAAGGGAUUACAUCAACGACACCGCUUGCAAUCAGAAGAGAUCUUUCUUUUGUGAGAAGAACUUGUGAAGUCCUCGCUGCGUGCUCACACUAGUUAAUCAAUCAAUCUUUAUUUCUAUAACGUUAAUUCAUAACAAAUGUCUCGAGACCUCUUACUGAAGAGCAGGUUUUUUCCCUCCCUAUGAUGUCACUCGUACCAGGAUGUCCAACCUUGAUGACAUCACUGCUUUGAGAUUGAGUCGCAGUUGUCAUUGAAUACAUGUUGAAUCAAUAAAGUAAUGAAUCCUG